ACGCAGUGCCCUCCUCCUCUUCUUCCUACUGGUCCUCCUAGUGCAGCAACCUCAAAGUGAUGAUGAAGUUGCUACCUAGCCCAAACAUGCAAGCUAUCCUGCUGCUUUUGACUCUUCUGACGCCCUGCAAUGGCAUCCUGCCUGAGUUAGUGCACCCAGGAAUUCACCUCAUCCUUGACAAUUCCUUGCAAGAGGAGGAGCGCGCCGUGGCGCAAGUGGAGCAGCUGGCCGAGGACGAGCAGCUGAAUCCCGAGCAUCAAGCGACGAAUAUUUCUACAACAACUGCGCCUACCGAGCUGGACAAUCAUGUUGACACUGGCUGUGUCACCACUGAGGAUUGUGGAAAGGAACGAUACUGUCUGCACCAGAAGCACAAAUCGAGUUGUCAACCUUGCAAAGGCAUUGACGUGUCGUGCACUGAGGACAAGGAGUGCUGCAGUGUCCACUUGUGCGUUUGGGGUCAGUGCAGACCAAAUGCAACGAAAGGACAAGCUGGAAGCACGUGUCGCCAUCAGACGCACUGCAGUCCUGACCUCUGCUGUGCCUUCCAUGCAGCCCUGCACUUCCCAGUCUGCUCCGCUAAGCCAAUUGAACGUGAGCGCUGUUUUCCUGCGUCCAACCACCUGACAGAGGAUGGUGUGCCCACAAAACAUUGUCCUUGUGCUGGGGACCUCCAUUGCCAGCACCUGGGGCGAGGGUCCAUGUGUCUGCGAGCAGUGGACUCCAGCGAAGAGGAUCUGGCAGACAGCCUUUAUUCAGCCAUAGACUACAUCCUCUAACAUGUUUAACUCUUAUACCUUUAUUUUUCUCUUGGACCCCUCAGGAACUGUGCUUUCCUCUUUGUUUGCAUACAUCACAAAGCUACACAACGUGGUUUGUAAAAAUAAGUGUGACUUGCUUACCAGAGGUUUCGAAGUCUGUCAACUUGAAAAAGUGUACUGCAUGAAUAACUCAUCACUGGCCUGGCUGAACAAUAAAAUGUACUGCACACUGCAAA